AUGAGCGUCCAAAAUGAAGAAGAGUGCAGCAUCUUCAGCUCCAAACACGAUGUUUACCCGCUCAUAGACCCAAAGCCACACUUCGAAGCGCAGACAUUCCAGGACAAGGUUGUAAUCAUCACAGGCGGCUCGACCGGUAUCGGCGCCGUGACGGCGACGAUGUACGCCCGCGCCGGCGCUCACGUCCUCAUCGUAGCACGCCGUGUCGAUCGGCUCGAGAAGACAAAGUCCGAGAUCGAGAAGACCGUCCCUAAUGCUGAGGUGCUUAUCGUUGCGGGUGACAUCUCUAAUUCUGAGGUAGGUAAGAAGGUCGUGAAGAGCGCGGUGGAGAAGUGGGGCAGGGUGGACGUAGUCAUCGCCAAUUCGGCGGUCGUCAUGGGUGGAGGUGCUCGGUUCGGCGAAAAAGACGUGGAAAAGUGGUGGUAUACGCAGGAAGUCAACGUGCGAGGGACGUUGAACAUCAUUCAUCCGGCUAUUCCCGAGCUCCUCAAGACGAAGGGUCAGAUCAUUGUGACUACCUCCGACCUGGCGCACUCGCGCUUCCCUCUCUUGGCCGACUACAGUAUCAGCAAGCAUACGAUCAACCGCUUCGUCGAGAUCCUCGCGCUCGACUACCCCGAACUCACUAUCUACUCUGUGCACCCCGGGGUCAUUCCGACUGACGGCGCGCUGGAGUUCCAAGAGAGGAUGGGCAUCAAAGGCACAGUCAUCAUGCCCGACACGGUCGAGCUCCCCGCGGCGACGUUCCUCUGGCUUACGAGCCGCAACGCCGAGAUCCUCAACGGACGCUACGUGCAAGCUACAUGGGAACUGAACGAGGUCGUCGCGAAGAAGGAUGAGAUUGUGCACGAUAAUCUGCUCGUUACGAAGCUCGCGGGCCCGAACUUGGCCAGAAGUAGCGUGUAG